CUCCGUCCCGCGAAAGACGCUAGUCCAAAGACGGUAUUCAAGUAAACAUCAAUAUCAUUCCAGAACCGCGACCAAAAAGCAAUCUCGAACACAGCAUUCCAACAAACAGCAAUACACCGACCAAACAUGUAUCAGCAUUGAACAAAGGACUCGACGGUAUUUUUGGCGUAUGGCAUCCUACAACAAUAUUUCCCCUUUAUCGCUUCAGCUUAAUCGCGAGCCUUUUGGUCGUUGCGAUAUUCGUCGCCAGCAUCAAAUUCACCACUUUAGCAAUUGCUUAACAUCAUUUUCGCUUCAUGGAUUAUUCCCCGCCAACCUCUCCGCAACCAUCAUGGCAGUCAACCAAGCGCAGACCACCACAUCAAACCGGAACGGCACAUGAACAAGCUCAGCCCUGGACAGCGACGAGAUGUCACCGCCUACUUCGCCCUCUGCUCGCCCACCUCGGCGCUUUGAAGAAGGAGAAAGCGCGAAAGUCGGGCGUAUCCGAGAGUACAGACGACGGAAACGGCCCAUCGAACGGAAGUCCAAGUAAGCGACAAGGCCGAGGUGGUUCAAAACAGACAACGUAUUCCGGCAAGACAUCAUCACGAGCGCACUUGACGACGCCUGAAAAACCCCGGCGACAACGGGCUGGCAGAAGGCCUGUUCAAGAAAAUGCAGUGCCUACUCCCUACCUUAGGCAUACUACGAACAACCAUUUAGCAUCGUCUCCAGCUCAGCCCGUUUUAUUUGCUCCGGCAGAAAGCAGCUCAGCCAGCGACCAUGGAGGAAGCGCAAAGUGUAUUCACAGAGGAUGUAAGGGAGGUCGAUGCAUGCUGGAGGCGUCGUUAAGGUGUCUUCGUGAAAUGGUGGACCCAGAGAUGUAUUCAAUAUACGAGUCUGUAUUCCGCGCGCUGGAUGCCUUGCUCCGAGCUACCUGUCCUCCAGAGUCUCAACCCAGCGGUUCCUCCAAGUCCUUCCUCGCCAUGUGCUUGCGGAGAAUACCGGAUUACAUUACAGAGCUUGAAUACUGGGAGAAAAAGGACGCCGAGGCAAACAAGACCAAGUCCGUCAUACAAGAGUCCAAAGCGUCCUUCGACAUAUACUCGGAGCUCGAGUCGCUGGGUGCGCUCGGGGGCUGGAAACAUCUUCGCAUAGUUGUCCGAGCCCAUGGCGUCAAAAUUAUCCAGGGCGCCAUCAGGGACGGCUUGGUAGAGGAUCGAGUGGCAACUACGCUCAUCGGUCUCUGCUGCAUGUACCUGCCGUUCGUCGAAUCUCAGGAUCUUAUCAAUGUUUUUAUUUCGCGUCAGUACCCACCUCCAGAUCCCUCCGUGCGUGACGGGCUUACGGUGAAAGCACCUGGGCUAUUCCCGCUCUGGGCGUUUGGAUUCGGCAAUGGGAAGACUAAGCGCUUCAUGCUUGGAAAACUGGCUGACCUCUUUGCCGAUGGCUCUUUGCCGGCGGAGUGGAUGCUUGUCGAUGCCUUCAAGACCACGCGCCUUGAUGCCAUGGCGAAAAUGUUCUAUGGGGCUGGGCAAGACUGUGUUGAUUUCCUUAUUACCAUGAUCAACGUUCUUUCUCCGCUGAUGUCAGAAGGAAGACAAAAGAAGAAACCUGCUCCGACUUCUUGUUCUUCCGCUGACAUCGCGUCGCCCCAAAUGGCAAGAGGAGUCCUGACUGGAUUCAUGGCAGCGCUGGUACAUCAGGUGCUCCGUCACUUAGACGAUCCUGACAGGGAAGAGGCCGCACUCACGCAGUCCCAGCGAGCGGUAUUCGUCCACCGCGUGCGGUACAUCUUCCGCACAUACUUACUUCAUGCUAGGAAGACGGCGGGCCUUCCAUCCCCUGCUGUAUAUCUUAUCAGCCUCUGCGACUUCCUCGCAUUCGGUACCGAGUCCUCGGCCUCCACCAUUGCUUCAACAGCAUGGAUAGGGGCAAAAAGCAGCCACCGCAAUGACCGUCUGUCUCAACAAUACUCGACCACGCUGGCAGUCCUGACCACGAUAGUGCAUACCUACAGUCGGGAAAUUGGGGCGACCAGUGCUCACGCCUACAUUCCCCAAGUUUGUGAAAAGAUAAAACCGUUACAGGCUCCGGGCAAUCUGCCUUACCAUCCCUUCGAGAACAUCGAAGUAGACGUCGCCUUCGCGGUGGCGUUUGAGACAAACGACCUCCAAGACCUCGCCUACGCUGAGAAGCUAUGGGCCCAGAAGAAGUCGGUAAGCUGCCCCCACGCCAUGAUGAAGGCGAAGCCCUACUACGAAGAGCGCAUCCGCCGCAGGAAGGAAUCGGAGGGUAAGUCCUUUGCCGGGUUCAAGUGGGACGAUGCUCUGAGCGAGUGGGUCACGGUAGACUCCCCUGAGCCGCCCGUGGGAGCAGGCGGAGGUCGAACGACGAGGAGGUCGACAGGGUGUCCACCUAUAAUGAAGGCCAUUCAAAGGUAUCCUCCUACUGCUGCGUCCGCAUCAACAUCCACGUCUGUGCCCAACCCAAGACAGACGCGCGGUACACGCCUGCUACGAUCUAGCUCAGCUUCUACUGCAACACCUACCACAGUUGAUACCACCGACGAUAACAUCGACGCGAACGAUGACGACGACCUCGAAGACGACGACGCCAGCUCUGAAACAACUACCGCAACAUCUCAAACCGACGCCGACGUCGCCUCAGACUCGGACUGGGAUUCCGACUUUGAAACAUCAAACGUCGUAGGCCCAAACGAAACAUACCAGCAGAUACCACCACCUCCUCCUCCAAGAACGCAACCCCAACUGCGGCGGCUAACCGGCAAGCGAAAACUAAAUCCUCUCGAAACCGAGGUUGAGGACGAGGACACCGAACAAGAAGAGGACUCCAAUGAGGAUGACAACGACGACGACGACGACGACGACCUCUCCGCUCCUGAGCCGCCGCCGUCUAGAGUUACUGGGCGUCGUCGUCCGCUGGCUAAACGGCCUCGGACGAGGGCUUCAUUGGCUGCUGUCACAGCUACUUCUAGUGCUAGUGCUAGUGCCAGCGGCAGUGCUAGCGGCAGCGGUAGUGGUAGCGGUACCAGUGGUGGGAGUACUACUGCUCGCCGGCGAUCAUCACUCAGGAGAUCUGCCGGUAGUAGCAGCGGCAGUGGCAGGGCGGUUCACGGGGGAGAAGAGACAUCCGAAGAUGAACUUGGUUAGCUUUCGAAAAGGGACAGGAUGUGUGUGGAUUAAUUCUCCAUUUUUUUUUUUUUUUU